AUGCAGCUCAAGAACCUCUUCCGCCGCAACUAUACGGACUCCAACUUCCGGAGGCCACUUCCCUUCGUCGCCAGCCCGGUUCUCACUGAGCAGGAGCUGCGAGAUGAGAAGAAACACCAUGGAGACCACAACCACCACGGGUCUUCCGCCCCGGAGGAGCAGUCGUUUCCCACCGACUGCCCCAUCCUCAAGAAGAACCAUGAAGCUACCACAAUGGAGCUGUUCUAUGAUCUGUUCUUCGUAGCCACCCUCGCCAUCUUCCAUGCUACGCACGAGAUCAACACUUCUGAUAGCGUCAAGUCAUAUAUCGCCUUCAUAACCAUCCUAUGGUUCUGCUGGUUGCAAGCUGCCCUCUUUGAUAUCAGAUUCUACACAGACUCGAUAGUGGCACGAACCGCCAAGGGCCUCCAUCUUGGUAUCAUGACUGGACUUGCUGUCUUGUCUGUCAACUUCAGUGUUACAGAUAUCGUCGACCACCCUGGCCGAUUUGCUAGUAUGUGCUAUGUCCUCAUGGCAUCGCGAUUGAUCCUAGUAGGGCAGUAUUCGAUCGUGGCUUGGUUUCUCAGGCACCACAAGGAUACCUUCACCGCCAAGGUCCUUACUAUUGGUACCCUGUUUGUCGCCGCGAUGGUGUUCCUUGGUCUCGGUGUGAGCGCUCGUACCCUUCACUCGCCGAGGGCACACAUUGCAUGGUAUAUCGUGAUCGCGGUUGAGGCCGUGUUCAUGGUUACUAUUUCCAGUUUCUGGAAGGUCCUGUCGUUUAAAGGAACCCCGAUUGUUGAGAGGUUUGGAUGUCUUACCUUGAUCGUCCUCGGGGAGGGAAUCGUCGGAAUGACCAAGGCUAUCAAAAGCAUUGCCCUAGGCACAUCAAACGUAUCAGGAACGUCCGUUGGCCUGAUAAUCUGCCAUGUGUUGAUCAUUUACCUGGUCUAUAUGCUCUACUUCGACCAAGUCGACGCGAAACGUUUCGGAUCCAUCCGCCAACAGAUAUGGGCUGUCCUCCAUUACCCACUGCACAUUGCCAUCCUUAUUACCAGCGAAGGAAGCCGUUCCUUUGUCCUAUACGACGUUGCUAGAAGUCUUUAUCAAGACUCUCUUGUUGGGCCCCUAAACAAGAUAGACCAGGUUCAAACAACGGCUGAUCUGAUUGAAGGUCUCAAAGAGAUUGUUGCCGGGAUCUCAAGCCGACUUAAGUCAAGCGAUGGAAUGCCAGAUCUUACUCCCAUCUACGAUAAGAUAUCGGCGAUUACAAAUAUCAGUGAGUCUGCAGAGGAAAUAGCCGAGCUUGGACGAGAGUUUUUGGCAGAAGUAUUCGUCUGGAUUAUGAAAACUUUCGGCAUCGAGGUUUCGGCCAAAGGGGCAGCAAAAGGUAGUGGCGCCGCCCUACACGAGCUCAGAGAGAUUUCUUCAGCCGCAACUGUUGUUUUUCGAUUCUUCUUUAUUGCGGCCGGGAUAACCCUCGUUAUUCUCGCAAUGAUGCACUGGUUCUCCAAGGCCCAUAAGAGCCGUGCAGAGAUGCUGAGCAUUGCCAGUACCACUGUAAUCGGCGUACUCCUCUCCCUGGUGGCCAUCAUGUCAAACUAUGACGACAAUUCGGACGCCGCCCAGGAGUCCGCUCUGGGUAAAUAUAUCGAUAGUGCUUGGGUAACGCCUACCGUUGUACUCACAUAUCUUUUUGUCAUUGCAAUCGACAAUGCGAUUAUCUGGGUCUCCUAUUUCCGCAGACGCGGAAGCGAAGCACACGUGGAAUACGCGCCAGUGGCUUGA